AUGAUUGCGGUUGUGCUCAGCCGAUUUCUAGAGGUCUUUUUAUCUUUGGCGCCAGAAAUUAUUUCUUUUUUACAUUCUUUUUCCUUUUUUAUUUUAUGCCCUGCUGUUGUUUUGCUUCUUAGUUUUUCUACCCCUUUCAACCGCCAAAAAGGCAUGAGCACGAAGAAGUCAGUGAUACCGCUGGAUGUGCUCCGCAACUGUAGGGGAAAGGUGGUGUCGGUGGAGUUGGCGAACGGAGAAACGAUCAAUGGAACCGUGAUGCGGGUUGACAGGUUGAUGAAUUUGCUGCUGAAGCAGUGCAUCCGGACAGGCGCUGAGGGAGACGUUUUUUGGAAGUCGCGUGAAUCACUCAUACGAGGCGCGAGUGUACGAAACGUGCGAAUGGACGAGCGGGCAUUGGUGAUGCCCGAGGCACGCGCAGCAGUGAGGAAUAAGUCACGCCCGGACACGAAGAAACAGGCCACAGGUGGUAAGAAAAGAGGUCGAGGCGACUAG